AUGGACUCAAUCCAAAUCAUACUUAUAACCUUGAUCUUAGGGUUAGUUUCGGUAGUGGGGAUCUACUACAUUCAAAACUUUGAACUCAAGUCCACCAAGAAACCAACCUUUUUGAUCAUUGGUAAUAAUUAUAGUGGUAAGACCACUUGGUUCAUGAAAUUACAAGGUAAGAAAAAACCCACCAUCUCAUCAAUAGAAGCUAAUUAUGGGGAAAUUAGAUUACCUUUGAGUCAAGAUAGUAUUGCCAAACCAUUCCAAAUUGUGGAUUACCCUGGGUACUUGAAAUAUGAUAAUUUAUUCAAAAAUUUAAUCGAAGAUAUAAAUUUGAAAGGUGUCUGUUUUGUCAUUGAUUCAGAGUUGAAUAAUUUUAAUAAGAAUUUGAAUCUCAUUGCUAUCAAGUUGUUUAAGAUCUUGACUAUUACGGAAACUUAUCCAAAUGGAAAGGACUUCUUGUUUAUGGUCAAUAAGAGUGAUUUAUUCAACUCUUUACCAGUUAAUAAGAUUAGAACAUUAUUGGAAGCAGAAAUGAAUAAAGUUAUAGAAUCAGAGUUGAAAAAUAACGAAGAUGAAUUGAGUUUCUGGCAUGAUUUAUUACCAUUCAAGUUUGAGAAGUUGAAUGGGAACAUGGAUUUCAAAUCAGGAUCAGUCUUGAAGGGUAAAACUCAAGAUUGGGAAAAUUGGUUAGACGAAAUUGUUGUCAACCCACAAUAA